CUGUCUUUCCACCGCCACCGCCGCACCACCAAGAGUUUCUCGCUAAACUUGCCGGCAAACAACGCGCGGCUGCUGGGCAGGCUGAAUCCAGUCGCUCAAAGCCUGAGAAGUAUGUUACUGCACUUAGUGGCGUAAAACGCCCGCCUGCGCAGGAAGCUGUCGAUGGAGCUGUCGCUGAGUUGCCGAAGUCGACUCGGCCUCAGCCAAAGCAGCAUUCCAGCUUCUAUGGCGCAUCAAACAAAGCUCCAGCACCUGCAGUCGCGGGUAUGCACGACGACAUCGGCAAGAGCGGUGCCUCGCUGCCCGCCCGCGCGGCGUCACUCGUGGCGACCUCGCGCGCAGCACCCGCUGAUGGGCCCCUGGUAGCCACACCGUCAGUACCGGGAACGACCCAUCCUGCGGCUGCUGCUGGGGAUGACAGCAUCUCGGUAAAUGCAGCUGAACCUGUGUUGACGUCGCCGGCUAGGACUGCUGCCGGCGCUGCUGCCGGCGCUGCUGCCGGCGCUGAGGCGCACAGCGCGCUCCUAAGCGCAGACCAGGGUGCCGCGAGGUGUCCCCGGUUGGCGCCGCUAGCAGUCCGCGGCGGUGCCCCGCGUGGCGACUUCCGUCUUCAGCAGCAGGCCUUUGAGUUCUUGGACGCCCAGGGCGCAGACCUCGCCCCAGCGCUCAGGGUGUUUGGCAGGGAGCUGAGUGCGGACGGCAAGCGUCGCUUCCUGGUCACCUCGCCGUCCCGCCUGUGGGCGGAGGAGGUGGAGCCCGCCGCGCCCCUGGGGCAGCAGCAGGGGACAGCCGGCGCCUGCGGGCUGCAUCUGUAUGAGAUCAUACGAGAGGGCGCCCCCUGCCACUUGUACUUUGACCUGGAGUACGUGCCCGCGCUCAACCCGGGCGUGUGCGGCGACAGCCUGGUGGACCUGCUGCUGGACCUGGUGGCGGAGGAGCUGGCCAGCAGCUGCCGCGUGAGGCUGCCGCUGCUGGGCAGCGGGGUCGGGGGCGGGGGCGCAGCAGUAGCAGGUGCAGCCACAGCCAGCCAGAAAGACGGGGUCAGCGCCUUGGCCGUGGGAGCCGCAGCCGAAGGAGGAGCCGGAGCCCAACCUGGGACUGGUGCAGGCGCGGUGGAGACAGCAGACGACGGCGGUGCUGGGCGAGAUGUGGCAGUCCUUGGCAGCAAGACCGGGCCCUCUUCUAGCCCUGAGUCUGCACCGACAACGCAGCAGGUUGCAGGCACAGAGGCAGCUGCAACGGCUGUGGCAGCGAGCGGCGCAACAGCAGCAGUAGCAGCAGUAGUUGCGGUGGGAGACACAGCACGGUGGGCAAGCACGACUGCGACAGGCGCUGCGCCAGGAGCCGGCGCCGUGUCUGCAGGGGAAGGGCAGGUCACCGACAUGAAAACAGACAUGGCAGAGGUGCGCCUGCACUCGGGUCCUGCGGCGGUUGCCACUGGUGCCGCCACUCCCUCCUCCAGUGCGUGUCAGCCGGCCUUGACGGCCUUGGAAGCCAUGGCAGCGGCACAUGCUGGCACUGCGGCAGGGCAGGACACAGCCCUAUCUGCGGGAACGGCGUCGCCAGUGUCAGCACCAGACACUGCUGCUGCCACUGCCACUGCUAAUCUGGACUACCCGGCAGACGCAGUCGCGCAGCCGGUCACGGUGGUGGACCCCAGCGGCACUGGUGCGGCGCAGGGCGGCUCGGCGGCUCCGGUGGCGCCGCCUCACGCGGGGCGGGUGGAGUGCCCCUGGGCGUGGGAGCUGUGCAGCACCACUGAGGCCAAGUGGUCGCGGCACCUGAUCGUGCGGAUACCGCACUGCGCCUUCAAGGACAACUUCCACGUCAACGCCUUCGUCCGGCGCCUGUUUGACCGCAUCGCCGCAGACCCGCAGCGCUUUGCGCCUUUCUUCGUGCGGCGCUGCGCCGACCCCGCCGCACCGCCCACCUUGUUCAUCGACCCGGCCGUGUACACGCGUAACAGGGCCUUCCGCCUGUACCUAAGCUGCAAGGCCGGCAAGACCGCCGCGCUGCGAGCCACACCGCGGCACGCCGUGGCGUCACUGCUGCGGCGUCGCGGCCUCCUCGCGACCGCAACCGUCCACAAGGCCCCUUCUGCCGGCGCCCGCGGCAGUAGCAGCACCACCACCACCACCAGCAGCACCGCCAUCAGUGGCGGUGUCGGCUCUGCGCUACUGCCGCCGCAGGUGGAGAGGGAGAUUGCAGAGGAGGUGUUCUUCGCCACGCUGGUCACCACGGUCGGCCGCGUUGACCGCACGUUGACCAUGUAUGACGACUCCGCAGCCUCCCAUGGCGGCGCUGGGCUGAACACGUUCCAUGCCAACGCCAACGCAGCUGCCGCGGCUGCGGAUGCAGCGGGUGGCGCGGCGGCGCAAGGCGCCACUGGCGAUGCGUGGUCCGGGAUACCGCGGCUGCCGCUGCCUGGCCUUGGUCGGGGAGGCCGUGGCGGUGGCGGAGGUGGUGGCGGCGGCGGUGGGGAGUGGCGGCGCGGGCCGGGUGAGGCGUUCCAUUAUGGCGCCUCACCCUUCCCGGAGGUGGAGCGCUUCAUUGAGUCGGUGUGUAAAGAGGGCGGCGUGCAGGGCCGCGUGCGUAGCUGGCAGCACCACGCUGACUCAACAGGCGGCGGCGCCGCCACGCUGCUGCUGGGUGUGCGCGACAACCGCUGGUGCGCCAACGUGGGCCGCCCGCACCGCUCAAAUGGCAUCUACUACCUGGUGGACCUGCGCGGCGGCACCUGGUGCCAGCGCUGCCACGACCCUGACUGCCGCGACUUCCGCUCAGCAGCCAUGCCGCUGCCGGCCGACGUGUGGGAGGCCUGCAGGCCCAAGGACACGCCGUCCCCGCCGCCCGCGCCGCCCGCGCCGCCGCAACAAAUUUGCGGACCUGCGCGGCCACUGGGACCGGAACCCGGGCUGGCCGCGCCUGCGGCGCCGCAGCCGCAGUUGCGCCCUUCGGCUCUGCAGUUUGAACGGGUUGGCCCCCCGUGUGCGCCUGCAGCAGCACCGAGGGCGGCAACGGCGCCCUGGGGUGCGAGGACUGCUGGCAACGGCCCUGGCAAUGGGAACGCCAUGGAUGAGGGAAUUGGCGUGGGUGGUCAGGGAGCGGAACUGGGUGCGGGGAUCACGCCGAACGGAGUCACCAGCGGUGUGGGGUACGGCAUCGGGGACGUGGACAGUGAUGCCGUUUUUGACAUGAUGUGUGUGGAAGCCCUGGAGAGGCUGGAACGGCAGCAGUCUGGUGACGAGUGUAAGGGGCAUGUGUUUGUGUGAGUUUGUGGUCAGGGGUGACCGAGCGGCAGAGAGGCUGAGAGAGUUGCUGCAAAGCAUGCUGCGCUGUAUGCAUGCGGCAAGCACGUGUGUUCAGGUAGGGGCAGGUAGCAUCUGAUUGGACAGCACUUGUGAAUGCGACCGAUUUUUAUGACUUAUAGGCGGCGGGGAAAAUUCGGGCGGAGCGAGAAGUGCCUUCGCACGUCCAUGGACAAUUGACUUUCGCGAGGUUGCCCGAAAAGCAAGCCAUGGCUUUGCGCCGGCGGCGGCGGGGCCGGGCUGAGAGCCUGAACGGCGCUAGCAGGGCGUGGGGCUGAGGGUGCACGUGUCGAUUGGCGGCGAGUGACGUGACUAGUUUGUUAGCUGCGGGUUAGCACGGACUGUGCACCCCACCCAACCGGCCACGUCCGGAUUUGCGGGGAUGCCAAAGGCCCCCAACAUAGAGGCGUGUGCUUGGUAGGCGCCCGCGUCAAGGUGGCUGGGUUGAUAACGACCCGGGAGCCCUUUUCCUGCCUCCCUAAGGCAGCCACCUCCUUGUUAUGACUUACAAGGGACCACGCAGGAUGACAUAGUAAGACAAUGCAGAGGGGAGCUGGCGCAACCGAACCCAGACGAGCGGCCUGGCGUUCAUGGGACACCGGCGCAUCCUGCAUUGUAAAUAUGAAGAAAA